AGUGUGGUUUUAAGGUAGAACGUGAAAAAGGACGACGCUGCUAUUUUUAUAGGUGACAGGGAUACGUUUUUUACGUUAAUUAGGUAAAACGUUUAAACAGUUGUGGAAGCAUUUUGAACAGUUUCUCGGGUGUGCAUGUACAUCAAAGAAUGUCAAAUGCGUUGAAUCGAGCUAAAUCUGAUGAGGGUGUUCCUGAUUGGGUGAGGAUACAGACCAAGACGUUUACGCGUUGGUGCAAUAAGAUAGUUGAUGGUAAAAAUGGUCAUGUUUUCACGUGUCUCGAGGAGGAUUUUGCAGACGGUAUUUCUUUUAACAUCCUGGUCUCGUGUUUGGUAAAUCAGAACCUCAUAAUUCAUCCAAGUCCAAAGACGAACUUUGCAAAAUUAGAGAAUCUCAACAGGGCGCUCUACGUGUUGACUGAAAUGGAAAAGGUGACGCUGAUUAACAUUUCAGCAGAGGACUUGCUCAACAAGAACAAGAAGCUGGUGCUUGGAUUGGUGUGGACCCUCAUACAGAAAUACCAGAUAGCACAUCAGACCGACUUGAAGUUGAAGACAAAGUCCGUUUUGCUGAAUCGAGUAAACGACGCGAUCAGGGAUUCAAAUGUGUCGGUAAGCAAUUUCUCGGACCAGUGGAAGGAUACUGCGGCAUUUUCUGCAUUGGUGAAUUCGAUUUCGCCGAACGCGUUUGAUGUUGUUAGACUGGAUGAAGAAGAGAAGUGCAUCAAGAAGUUGAGUUCGAUUUUCGACUACGCCGACAAAAAUCUCGAAAUCACGAAUCUACUCGACGCAGAAGACGUGGUUAAAUACCCGGACGAGCUGUCGUUGAUGAGCUACAUUUCCAUGUACCUCAAUUGUUUGGAAAAGAAGAGGGCCGGAUCUGUUGACCCGUCCCGGGUGGUUGCUGAGGGUCCUGGCAUCGAGGAGGCGGUUGUUGGUACAGAGGCGAGCUUUAGGGUGAUUACGAGAACGAAACCCGAAAAUUCCGUCUCCGACAAGUGCGAGGUGACAGCGGAGCUGGCCAAGGUGACGGAGUCUCCUGAUGGUCAAGAGGGCGUGCCUGUCAAGAUCGAGCAAUUGGAGGAUGGGGUGUAUCGCGGAUCGUACAUUGCACAAGAGCCUGGAUUGUAUAAUUUGAAAGUGUCGGUCAACGGUCAGCCCAUUAAUGCCUCGCCGUUCCAAGUGAGUGCCAAGGAACCGGCGAUAAAUCCGGAGGAUUUCCGUGCCAGUGGAGAGGGUGUAGAGUGCGCAAUCAGUGAGAAGGAUACGGAUAUUGUUGUCGAAAGAGUGGACGGAGCGCCCAUUCGCCCGGGUGUUGCGUUUGAAGCGUAUGUGGAAAUUGACAAGGAGAGCAAAAUCCCCAUCGAGUUGACCCCUCUUGGAGACAGAGGCUACAGCGGAAGAUAUGCGUUGAAGGAUGUCAGAGGCGACGCCGAAGUGUUCGUGAACGUGAUGAUGAACAGUGGGGGUGAGUCGUUCCACGUGAAAGGGUCGCCGUACGCGGUCAAGUUUUAUUCUCCCGAGAAGGGGAACGUUGAGGUGAUUGUGGAUGAAUGCCCCCCCGUGGUGGCGGGGGAGCCGAUUUGCGUGCGCAUUCGAGCAAGGGAUCGUUUUGGGGACUUGAGGCCCGUGCCGGGUCUCCGGUUGGAAGCGGAAUUGGAGUCCGAUCCACCGGUGAAGGUGGAUGUCGUGGAUAAGGGAGACGGAGACUACGAGUGCUCGUUGGUGCAGACCAAGGCCGGAAAGUAUCCUCUGGCCGUGUCAAUGCAAGGAAAGCCAGUAUCGAGCGCCGCGUUCGUCGAGGUAGUUCCGGAUGUGCCGUGCUCCGAUAAAACGUCCAUUUACUUGCUGUCUGACUUCGACGAUGAUGAACACAAGUUUAGCGUGGGCGAGCACAUUAAGGGACAAGUCUUGAUCAACGACCAGUACAACAACCAAAUUACCAAUGAGCAGGUACCGGUUUCUUUAGAAGUGGUGAGUCCGACCGGGAAAAAAGUUGACGUAGAGACGGCGACAGGUUCAGACGGGAUUUUGAAUUUCAGCCUCGUGCCGGACGAACAGGGACUGCACAGCUUGUUCGCUAAGAUAGGAGAGGGGGAUGCGGAGAAGCCUUCGUUCGAAUUGAAUAUCUCCGAGGGCGACAAGGAGUUAAAGGUGUGGAUGUGCGAGGACACCAAAUCUACGUUCAAGGCGGGUGAAAAUGUAUGUUACAUUUUGCACACAGAAGGAUGGAGUGGAAAAAAGCUGAAGGAUGGACAGAUUUCGUUGUCUGCCAAACUGCCUGACGCGGCCGUAGAAUACGACCUUGUUGAGCCCGAUGCAAACGGCGAUCCUUGGAUGAUCGUUUGUAAGUUCCUGCCCUAUGUAGCUGGAUCCUUCGAACUUAAAACGGACGUAUGUUCUAAAACUCAAUCCCGCUCUUUCUCAUUCCCGAUACAAGUCGUUCCCGCUGAGCCCGAUCCCCAGAAGAGCACGUUAAUGAAGAGCAGUCCGAACAGGGUGUACGCGGGCAACACAUGGCAAUGCAAGUUUUCUUUGAAGGAUCGCUACGAGAACCCCAUUACAGAAGGAGCUCUGUUCGUUGACAUCAAGGUGACGCAGGUGCUCGAUCAGGACAACGCGCCUUCGGUGUGCGAUAAUUUGAAUUUGAAAGGCGUGGUCACUCCCUCGCCUACCCUGUCCAUCAUAGAAAACAAGGACGGCGUCUACACUGUCGAGUGCGAGCCCAUAAAGACAGCUGGCAAAUACCGCCUGUAUGUCAUGCUCGGCGGAACACCGAUCGAAAAUUCCCCAUCGUCGUUUUCAGUGAAGCCCUUGGCCACCAUAUCGCCGGAGAUGUGCUACCUUGUGGGCGUAGCAGACGGACGCGUCGGGGAGGAACAAACCGUGACCUUAGUGUGUCGAGACGAGUUCGGCAAUUUAACGGGGUCGAGGAAAGUUCACGUAAACGCGAAGUUGGUUGGACCAGAGCAGGUCCAGACACACGUUGCCUAUCAGCAAGACGGGGUAUACGCGAUCAGUUGCUGUCCCACCCUGGCUGGCGAGUACACUUACCGCGUGUCUUUAGACAAGAAAAAGGUAGAUUUGGGCGCUUCAGGCCUCCCGUACAAGCUCCAACUGGAUCCAGCGGAUGUCGACGGUGCGUCUUGUACGGCAACCGGAAAGGGCCUUUACCGCGCUAAGUCCUCAGUGAACUCUGGUUUCCGAAUUCAGCUGCGCGAUCGCUUUGGAAACCCCCAUAAAACCAAUCCUGGCGUCUCGACCGACUCGUAUCUCCUCUUCGUUUCCGGGGACUCCCUUGCCCUCGUAACUUCUGAUUUACCCUCUGACCCCAUUCCGGUCUCGCUGUCCGACGCGGGCGACGGAACUAUCGAAGCGAAGUAUCAGACUUCGCGCAGCGGAGAAUACGCUCUUCACGUCCUGGUCCAAGAAAAGCCAAUCCAAAAAUCGCCGUUUUCUGUGAAGGCAACGGCAGGGCCCUAUUACAUAGACCACACCCUCACACAAUUUCCGGAAAAGAACGUGGCCGGCCGCCCCGGACCUGUCGUCAAACUUUGCGACCAAGCCAAAAAUAUCUGCACUAAGAACAAGUCGACCCCGAAAGCCGUGCUAGAGCCGAAGAACCACGCAGAAUUUCCCUUUGCCAAAGACGGACCCGUCUCUUACACAUUAACCUAUCCACCGGAUCUCACCGGAGACUAUGAUGUUCAUAUACAGGUAGAUGGCCAAGAAGUACCAGGUAGCCCUUGGCCUGUCAACAUCGAGAAGUGCCCCUUAGACGAGCAGGAUCAGCAAAUGCUCAAAAACAUGCUUCCGGAGUCCGCCGACGUCAUAAUCAGCUGUCUAGAACAAGUUGACGAGACCAAGCGAUGUGCCAUAAUCAAAGAACUUCAAGGGUUGUCCAAAAUCCAAAACCGUCAUUCUGUGCACAUAAAUCAUCCUCACAAGGACAAAAAGAAAAGGUCCCAGCAAGAGCAGUGACCUAAUUGCUGACGGUGAGAAUUCGGGCAAUGCUCUUAAACGCAACUCCUGUCUUUUGCAGCAGUUAGAAUAAAAACAUUGUGUCUCUAGAAAACCGA